AUGAAGAAGCUUUUCCACUUCUGGAGGAGGAAGAAUGAGUCCUCCAGCCCUCCCUCCUCCGACCUGCCCAUGGGCUUGGGCUACCACCUUCAGGACAAAGAUUUAAAGAAAGUUCACAAAGCUGCUUUAGCAGGGGAUCUGGAGAAGCUGACCAAGUGCCUCCAGGUCAAAAAACAAGAUGUGAACGUGCGGGACAAGGAAUAUAGAACACCUUUGCACUUCGCCUGUGCUAAUGGACAUGUAAAUAUUGUAUAUUUCCUAAUUGAGAAACAAUGUGAGAUAAAUGUCCUGGAUAGUGAAAACAGGUCUCCAUUGAUUAAGGCAGUACAGUGCCAAAAGGAGGAUUGUGCUAAUAUUCUUCUAAACUGUGGUGCAGACCCAAACCUGGUGGAUUUUCUUAAUAAUUCUGCUCUUCAUUAUGCUGUCUGUGGUCAAAGUGUCUCAUUAGUUGAAAAGUUGCUUCAACAUGAAGCUGAUCUUGAAGCUAAAAAUAAGGAUGGGUAUACUCCACUUUUACUUGCCGUUAGCAAAAAUAAUGCAGAAAUGGCAAAAUUUCUUCUGAUGAAAGGGGCAGAUGUGAAUGCUACAGAUAAGAAUCAAAGAACAGCCCUUAUGAUUGCUAUCAGUGGUGAACCAACAAGUUUAGUAAAUAUUCUUUUUCAGCAAGAUGUGGAUCUAUCUCGUCAAGAUAUUUAUGGAUUCACAGCUGAGGAAUAUGCUUCUUUUAAUGGUUUAACUGUAUAUCAUCAAUUAACUUCUAAUAAUGGAACAAAGAAUAAAGUUAAACAGACAUCUCACAUUGAACAGCCAACUUUGGCCACUACAUGUGACACAGAAGAACAGCAAGAUGGGUUAUGGCACAAAGUUGUGCAGACUUUGAACACCUUCUUGGAAGGAGCAAGGGGGGCCAAACCAUAUGUUUUGACAUAG